AUGGCGAUCAAAGUUCCCCCUGGCCAGUCGCCGCCCUUCGAGACCAUCGACGAUAAACACCAUGCCGGGAUUAUCAUAAUCACCGGCGCCAUCUGCUUGAUGAUCUCCCUGGUCUGCCUGCUGAUCCGGGUGUACGUGCGCGCGUUCCUGAGUCCCCCAUGGGGGUCAGACGAUGUUAUCUUGCUCGCAGCGACGAUUACCGCCCUUUCCGAAUCGAUUGUCAUCUUCCAAGCUGCAAGUAUAGGGUUAGGGACCGACGUUUCGCUCCUGGCUGAAAGUGCGGUUGAUAGAAUCCAACGUUCCGUUCUUGCGGCCGAUAUCCUCUACCUUCUCACCAUCUACCUCUCCAAAUGCUGCAUAGUAGCAAUCUACCUCCGCCUAACGCCCCGCAAGCGCCACCAGAGCAUCUUAUGGGCCACAGGCGGAUUGGCCGUGGUAGGGUUCCUCGUGUCAGUCCUUCUUCUUGCCAUCGAGUGCGAAGCGAGCCAGCCAUGGCACAUCUCCGGCGAACAAUGCCAUAACCUGUUUGCCCGCUGGCAAGCCAUCACUGCCCUGGACAUCUCGACCGAAAUCAUCCUCUUCGCCUUCUCCAUCGCCCUCGUCUGGGGCCUCCAGAUGAAGGUCCCCCACAAACUGGUGAUCAUGAUAUCCUUCGCAGCAAGACUACCGUACGCUCUACCCCCAGACUGCACCCCCACCAUUGGCAUCCAGCCCUACCAACCUGCAGAUCAACUAAUCGUAUUCGCCGCCCUCCACCUCUCCCGCCUGGCAGGCUACACUACCUCCACCAACCCAACCUUCGCCGCGGUCCGCCCCGCCGUCUUUUUCCAAGUCCAACUCAACUAUGCCCUGGUCGCGUGCACGGUCUUCUGUCUCCGGCCCUUCAUGCACGCCGUGACAAACUACUACGGCACGGCCGGCGACUCGAAUCUCGGCAGUAGCGGGGGAUAUGGGUCCGGGUCUCGAUAUGGGAAACGCAGGAAUUCCGAUCCGUAUGCGUCGGGGCGGUCGCAGGAAUUGGAGAUGGGGAGGCUGAAGGGCCGUGGGCGGCGGGAGGGCGUGCGGGAAGAGGGCCUGAUGGGGCCUGAAGAAGGUGGGUCGAGCGCAGGGGAGCAGCGAUAUCUUGGUGGCCGGAGUGGCGAGGGUGCGGAGAGUAGACGGAGUGAAAGUUGCGGGAGUACGAGGGGGAUUCUGAGGAAGGAUCAUCAUGAUGGGGAUUAUCAAGGUUCAUAG